AUGACUACCAUCGUUGAGAAGCGAGGUGGCCAGACCAUCUAUCGGUCUCCGGACACACUUGACCUUCCCAGCGUCGAUCUGCUUACGUUCCUCUUCGACUCACCCAACGAGCGACUUCAUGAUGACACGGUCCUCCACGCCGACGCAGCGGAUCCAUCCCGGUCAAUCACAAAGUCGCGUCUGGUCAAGACGUUCAAGAGGCUGGCCCACACUCUCCGGCACCAGUAUGGCAUCCAAAAGGGCGACGCUGUCCAGGUCAUCUUUACCGGACAUUACAUGGCUCCCGCCGUCUUCUAUGGCAUCAUGGCUGCCGGAGGCUCUGUCGCCGCAUCGACACCAUCCUCGUCACCUCCCGAGGUCGCUCGGCAAGUCAAGCUGACAGAGAGCAAGAUGGUAAUCUGCAGUCCCGACCUCAAAGCUCUCGCGGCGGCCGGCGGCACGGCUGCCGGCCUACCGGAUGACCGCAUCCUCUACAUCGGAGAUAACCACGAGUUCCAACUGUUCGAGGCCAAGUCCGAUAAGCCGGUGUCCAUGCCGGAAAAGGAACUCGACUGGGAACGCGUCACAGAUAAGGCGACCCUGGAGAACACCGUUGGGUGUUUCAUCUACAGCAGCGGGACGACGGGAAUCCCCAAGGCGGUCAAAAUCUCCCAUGCCAACAUGAUCGCGCAAACAGUGUCCAUCUCCAUGCCGACCAUAGAGUAUUUCAAGUCCGAGCCUGCACCGAAGUACAUCACCGUUGCCCACUUACCUGCGGCUCACAUCUCGGGUCUCCAGGCUUACAUCAUCAACCAGACCUUCAUGGGAGGGGUGGUCUACUGGAUGAAGAAAUUCAACUUUGUCGACUUCAUUGAGAACGUCAAGAAGUACAAGGUCACGGUCUUCUUCAGCGUGCCGCCCAUCUACCUCAUGAUCGCAAAGUCCCCGCUCGUCAAGGACCACUUCGACCACGUCAAGUUCGCGUUGACGGGGGCCGCCGCGCUCGGAAGGGAGACGCAGGCAGAUGCGCAGAAGAAGAUGGGAAAAGGCAAGGCGGUCCUCGCCCAGACGUGGGGUCUCAGCGAGACGACGGGCGGGUUCACCAUCCUGCCCCCGCACAUCAAGGACGACACCGGCAGCGUCUCGGCGAUCGUGGCGAACUGCGAGGCCCGACUGGUCGACGACGAGGGCAGGGACGUCGAGGUUGGGCAGCCCGGCGAGAUGUGGUGUCGUGGGCCGAUCAUCACCAAGGGGUAUUACCAUAACGACAAGGCCAACCAGGAGGCGUUCGUCGACGGCUGGUUCUGCACCGGCGACAGGUUGUUCUUCAAGGACGGCAAGUUUUACUUUGUUGACCGCAAAAAGGAGCUCAUCAAGUACAAGGGCUUCCAAGUGGCACCGGCCGAGCUCGAGUCUCUGCUGGUCACGCACCCCAAGAUUCAGGAUGCUGCCGUCAUUGGAGUAGAGGGCGAAGGGACCGAGCUCCCGAGAGCCUAUGUUGUUGCUAACAAGAAGGAGAUAUCUGCCGAGGAUAUUCAAAAGUGGGUGGCCGAGCAAGUCGCGAGUUAUAAGAAACUGAGGGGAGGCGUCAUUUUCAUCGACGCCAUUCCCAAGAGCCCGUCCGGCAAGAUUCUCCGCAAAGACCUCAGGGCACUGCUCAAACGCGAGGCUGGCGCCAAACUGUAA